UGUCAUAUGGAGCAAAUUGACUUUUUGGUGAAAAUUAAACGUGAUUUCGAAAUUUAUUGGGAUACAAUUAUAUAAGAUACAGGAGAACGUGGCUUACGGUUGUAGCAGAUGAAGAUGUCCUUCUAAAAAUUAGUGAAAUCAUCGCAUGCAUUAAUUCAGCCUCUUUAUUUAAGUUUUGGCCUUUACUUUCACCCCCUCCCUUGGACUUAAAAUUCAUUUUGAUAUAAUAUAUAGACUGGCUCUGAACUCUGAACUGGAAAAGAUUGUGUUUUCAGACUCUGAACUGGAAAAGAUCCUCUUUUGUGCUUUUGUGCCAAGUCCAGGGAACCGGAAACACAGGGGACCUUAGAUAACAAAGAAGCACAAAGUGGAAGAGGAAACAGGAAGUGCAAAGAGAGAGAUGGCUGGUCUGAAGAAAAACAGUCUUCCUUUCACUGGAGAUCCUAGCAAUGUUGAUGGAUGGGUUAAGAGGGCAGGCUGUAGAAGUCACAUGAGAGCUACUGGAUUCAAGGAUGAGGAUUUUAAGAAACCAAUAAUAACGGUUGGCUGCCCAUACAGCAAUGCUCUUCCGUGCAAUUUUCACUUCAGGGAAUUGGCUGAAAUAGCUGUCGAAGAAAUUGAGAAACUAGGAGGCAAGGCUUUUACCUGUUUCACCCCCGUCAUCAGUGAUGCAGAAACCAUGGGAUCUGUUGGAAUGAAGUACUCGUUGAUAUCACGUGACCUGAUAGCAGAUUCAAUCGAACUAAUGCACCAAGGCUAUUCAGCUGACGGAAUAAUCACAUUUGGCGGCUGUGAUAAAACCAACCCUGGUGUACUUCUACCAAUAGCCAGGCACAACUUGAUUGGGAUCACCCUGUAUGGUGGGACUAUAAUUCCAGGCUGCACUGAAAAGCAUAGGGCACUGGACCAGGGUGACGUCAUGGAGGCUAUUGGCUCAUUUGGUGCUGGUUUGAUUGACAUCGAAGAACUUCAUGAUAUUGAGUGCAGCGCAAAUCCAGGUGCUGGAUCAUGUGGUGGUAUGUUUACAGCAAACACGAUGAGCUCCGCAAUCGAGGCCCUUGGAAUGGCCAUACCAGGAAGUGCAUCUGGCCUUGCUGCUACACCUGAAAACAAGGUAAAUCCAAGAAAAGCUGAGGAAGUUCGAAUUUCAGUCCAAACAUUGUUCAAAAUGAUGGAAAAUGAUUUGCAUUCAAAAGACAUUAUGACAAGAAAGGCGUUUGAGAAUGCUGUGACAGUAAUGCUUGCCCUUGGGGGAUCAACAAACGGAAUCCUACAUUUACUUGCUUUAGCAAAAGAAGCAGAUGUUGACUUUUGUAUCCAAGACUUCAACAAAAUUGGUGAAAGAGUUCCUUUGAUUUCAAAUCUUCGACCACAUGGCAAGUACCACAUGAGAGAUCUCGAUGCUAUAGGCGGAGUACCGGCUGUAAUGAGGCAACUCUUGGAUCAUGGACUAAUACAUGGUGACUGUAUGACGGUUACAGGGAAAACAGUUGCGGAAAAUUUGCAACAUGUUGAUAUUAGAUCUUUAUACCAAGAUCCUGAGAAGAUUGUCAUACACAAGAUGACAUCUCCAUUUGCUCCUCCAGGGCGACAUAUAAUCAUUCUUCGAGGCUCGCUAGCACCUGACAGCGCAGUAUCAAAAAUCAGUGGCAAGGAACUCAAUUCUUUCAAAGGGCGGGCCAUCGUGUUUGGCUGCGAGCAUGAUGCGUUGGAUGCAAUUAUGAAUGGGGAGGUGAAGGCUGGUCACGUCCUUGUCAUACGCUACGAGGGCCCUAAAGGCAGCCCUGGAAUGCCAGAAAUGCUUGGGCCUAGUGCGGCGCUCAUUGGAGCUGGCUUGGGAAAGGAUGUUGCCUUGGUAACUGAUGGGAGAUUCAGUGGGGCAUCUCAUGGUAUAAUGGUGGGUCAUGUGACACCAGAAGCACACUGUGGUGGACCAAUUGCAAUCGUCAAAAACGAUGACGUAAUCAACAUUGAUCUGGCAGGAAAAAGAAUAGAUCUGGAAAUCUCCCCGGAGGAAGCAGCGGAUAGGCUACAGAGCUGGGUCCCUCCGCAGAAGCCAUUAAAAGGACUGCUAGCUCGCUAUAGGAAACUGGUAACAAGUGCACAUUUCGGUGCUGUUCUGGCGGAAGAUUGACAAUGAGCUAGAAAUCACUGAAUCUGGAGAUGCUAGGCCUCGACACACAUGUACAAUACAAGUAUGAUUUUAUUCAACGUCUAUCGCCAUCCUUGCACAUAAUUGAACAAAAAAUUUAAAUCUUU